AUGUCUGAUAACGUUCAUUCUUCAAGUAACGAAGACGAUUCCAUCGUGAUGAUGCAUGAUAUAGGACGAAUCUUCAAUGAUAUUAUGUUAUCUCGAAGAUUUACAAGUUGGGACAAUUUUGAGACCUGUUUGAAAGAAGUACAUAAGUAUACGCAUACUAAGUACGUUAUGUCAGUAUGCAAAAAGAACAGUGAUGAUCCAACUCUAAAGUACUUUUUCGUGCGAUAUGUCUGUACAUAUGGACGUAAACGCAGUUCGUCAGAGUCAGAUGCUUGCGUUCAGGAUGUAGAUGAUGAUAGUAAUAAUCAUUCUUCUGAAGAGCAUACAACUUCUAACUCGCCAACACAACCUAGGCAAAGGAGACGACGUCGGUCAUCUACGUCGAAAUAUUGCCACUGUAAAUCAGGAUUUUGGGUCCGGGCACUGAAUGGUGAGUUGAAACUCACCUCUAUUAAAACCGUGCACAACCAUCCUUGCACAGAAGGAUAUAUUUCUGUCGAUCCAUCGAAACGACAGUUGACCUCAAGUGAACGCUUGUAUUUAAGAACGUUUCUACUGAGUAAUACACCAACUCGUAGCUUACGGUAUCUGGUUUCUUUGAAGUUCAAUAAACAACUUACCAAGGACGAUAUCGCCAGAAUGCGUUCACAGUUGUACCCAGGUUGUUGA